GAGAGAGCAGAGCGGACGACGGCAACAUCUCUUCUUCUUACCAGAGGAAAUACACACCGACUCAUUCUCACAGCUACGGAGCAGUUACACCUUAUCAGUACUCUACCGAAUUACCAGGACAUCUUCUACCCAAGGAGACUAGAAUAAAUAAAGGAAAAACACGUUAAAACAUUAUUACCUAUCGGUUAAAUUAGAGGAGCCGAUAUACCGAUAUCCCAGCAACACCAGGAUAACAUACCGGAGCUUUCGGGAGCACGAGGAAAGGGAGAGGGAUAAAGGAGGAGAAGACAGGAUGAUUCUCAAGCAUCAUUUGGUUCUGACGCUGUGCACCGUCUACGGGAUACUGCUAAAAGUGACAGCACAGAAAAGCACAUUGAGAGGGUCAUCAGGGCAGCAACCCUUGGUCCAGAAUCAGACAGUAACAGAGGGGGGGACGACCAACAUGACUUGCAGGGUAGAGUACAACGACCAAACUUCCCUCCAGUGGUCUAACCCGGCACAGCAGACACUGUUCUUCGGAGACAAGAAAGCUUUGAGAGAUAACCGUAUCGAGCUGGUCCGAGCGUCGUGGUCGGAGCUGACCAUUAGUAUCAGUGAGGUGACACUGGCUGACGAGGGGAUGUACACCUGUUCUCUAUUCACCAUGCCUGUGAAGACCGCCAAGGCCUACCUUACUGUACUGGGGGUGCCAGAGAUGCCAGAAAUAGACGGUCUGACAAAGCCUGCCCUGGAGGGAGAUGAGAUCACUCUGACCUGCAUGACCCAUGGCUCCAAGCCUGCUGCUGACCUCCGCUGGUUCAGGAACGAGAAGGAGAUCAAAGGUGCCAAGGAGGUGAAUGCCAGUGGAAAGACCUUCACAGUGACCAGUUCUCUACAGCUGCUAGUAGACCGGGACGAUGAUGGGGCAGCGUACACCUGUAAAGUAGACCACGUCGCCCUGUUACAGACACCACAACAGACUACUGAAGUACUGGAGGUGCACUAUGCUCCUCGUGUGGCGAUCACCAAUUCGCUGACGUUCCCUCAGGAGGGUCAAUACCUGAAGCUGGAGUGUGUAUCCAAAGGAAACCCAUCGCCAGACCCUGUGAUGUGGACUAAGGAUGGAGGAGAACUUCCAGAUUUGGAGCGGAUGAUUGUAGAGGGAAGAGAGCUCACCUUCACCACCUUGAACAAAACAGACAACGGAACGUAUCGCUGUGAAGCCUCCAACCACCUGGGCACCAGCAGUGCUGAAUACCUGCUCUAUGUCUACGACGUCCCCAGCACCCUCCCUCCAUCCACCACCCCACCUCCCCGCCCCACCCCACCAGACACCACCGCCCCCUUAGACCCCCACCUGGCCUCCUCAGACCCUCCAAACACCAACAACAGAGACCCCAACGCCAUGGGGCAGCAUGGUCCAGACCAUGCUCUGAUUGGAGGAGUGGUGGCGGUGGUGGUCUUCGUCACCUUGUGUCUCAUCAUCGUUCUGGGCCGCUACCUGGCCAGGCAUAAAGGAACGUACCUGACCAACGAGGCCAAAGGAGCGGACGACGCGCCUGAUGCUGAUACAGCUAUCAUCAACGCAGAGGGCAACACACAUGCUGAGGAGAAGAAGGAGUACUUUAUCUAGACUGUAGAGGGCGCUGAUCUGCUGCCCACUCUUUCUCUCUGUCUUUAUGUCUCUAUUCCUCUAUCUCUCCCUCUCUCCCCCUCUCAUUCUCUUUAUCUCUUUCUUCCUCCCUUUCUAUACUUUAUUUAGACUACAGAGGGAGAUAUGCUGCCCCCUCUUUCUCUCCCUUUUUCUCUCUCUCUCUUUCCAUUUUCUCCUUCUGUCCCUCUCUCUCCACUGCCCCUGCUGCGUCACUAAGGAAACCCCGUGGAAAAAUUCCACCUUCUUCUUCUCCCCUCAUCCCUUCUUCCCUGCUGGCCUUUCUGUUCUCUUUUUUUUAAUCAUUUCAUUCCGACCCUUCACUUCUACACUUUUUUAUUUAUUUUUUAACCGUCCUAGUUUCUGACGCCGGCCUUCGUUUUUAAAGGCAGCGCCCUCUACUGGCUGUCUGGAGAUGUUGCCUUUUAUUUUGUUUUGUUUUUUUUUUCUUUCAAUUUUACAUAUUUUAUGUGAAAUAAACCCCUGAGAAUCUGCAUAUCCACCGACACCGAGACCACUUCAGACUCCUCAUUAAACGCCUCAACACCUCCUCACACACACCCUGUUGCCACACACACACACACACACACCCUCACACACACACACCCUCGCGUUUACACGGUGCCUCAAAUAUGCCGCCUUCAUUCACACUGUCAGCAAUGCUGUUGUUUAACUGUUCUGUGCCAUUCAUUUACAAUGCUGUUGUUUAACUGUUCUGUGCCAUUCAUUUACAUUGAUGCUACAGAUACUCUCUUUUUAUUUCCGCCUGUCGUAUCACAGCUCCUGGGCUUGAACGUUGUUUCAUUCAACAUUUUACGUUUUUUUAUUUGUUAUUUAAACGAAUAUGUGUGCUGGUUACGCCUUAUGUCUUUCAGACAAAAUUAUACUUUAGAUUAUCUGUCCCCUUUCACUGUCCCCUUCGCUGUCCUCUUUCACUGUCCCCUUUCACUGUCCUCUUUCACUGUCCAUCCUUCACUGGCUCCUUCACACUCUCCUUCACUGUCCUCUUUCACUGGCUCUUUCACUCUCUCCUUCACUGUCCUCUUUCACUGGCUCCUUCACUCUCUCCUUCACUGUCCCCUUCACUGGCUCCUUCACUGUCCUCUUUCACUGGCUCCUUCACUCUCUCCUUCACUGUCCCCUUCACUGGCUCCUUCACUCUCUCCUUCACUGUCCCCUUCCACUGUCUCCUUCACUGUCCUCUUUCACUGGCUCCUUCACUCUCUCCUUCACUGGCUCCUUCACUGGCUCCUUCACUGGCUCCUUCACUGUCCCCUUCACUGUCUCCUUGACUGUCUCCUUCACUGUCCUCUUUCACUGGCUUCUUCACUCUCUCCUUCACUGUCCCCUUCACUGGCUCCUUCACUCUCUCCUUCACUGUCCCCUUCCACUGUCUCCUUCAUUGCCCCCUUCACUGUCUGCUUCACUGUCUCCUUCAUUGGCCCCUUCACUGUUCAAUUACACUAACUCCUUCACUACCCCUCUACUGUUCAAAUCACUGUCCCCUUCACUGGCACCUUCACUGUCCCCUUCACUAACCCUUUACUGUCCCCUUCACUAACCCUUCACUGUCCCCUUCACUAACCCAUCACUGUCCCCUUCACUGUCCCCUUCACUAACCCUUCACUGUCCCCUUCCCUAACCCUUCAAUGUCCCCUUCACUAACCCUUCACUAACCCUUCACUAACCCUUCACUGUCCCCUUCCCUAACGCUUCAAUGUCCCCUUCCCUGUCCCCUUCACUGAAGUUUUGGGUUUUCUGGUAUAAUACAAACUGCAUUCAAGAAAAAAAUGGCCCAUUGUAUGAUAAGAUAGCAGUUUUUUUGUGAACACUGUAGCCAGACAUGUUGUGAGAUAUGGUAUGUGUGUAAUUUGUUCUUCAUUAGACAUUGGUUCAUAUAGGUGGUAGUCUUUAAGACAGACGAACCAAUCGACACUCAUAAUAUACAUUCGGAACACCAAAAAGGUUACGAAAACGAUGCUGGGUGAAGGUUUAUAUCAAAUGAAUUGAAACAACAAUCAAUCAAUUUAAUGUCUUGCUUUUUAUCAUGCAUAAUCAUUACGUUGAUUACUUCAAAGUGUCUGUGAUACAUGAUGCGUCUGUCUGUAUAUUCCUGGUCAGAACCCUGCUGCGCCAACGCAACAUUCUCACAGUGUCACCUUGGCAACUUAGUAUCUAUCUAUCUAUCUACAGCGCCAUUGGUUGCCGAAGGGAUGGAGAACGAUAUUUGGGGUAGUCAGUGCUUGACUUGGGCCAGGGUUGUCUUCCGGCGCUCUAAAUUGGGGAGGGGACGACGACUGCGUACCGUUUCCUUUAUAAAACAAAGUGGUCUUAUCACCGGCCCGGAUUCACACACAGAGGCAAAAAAAAAAGAAAGAAAGGCUGAUCAAAGUUGGAAUGAAGGCGGGAUCUGCAUUGAAUAGCAAUGGAGAGUGUGCAUUCAACUGUUAAUUCUGCUCUGUUCAAGUUAAUUUGACGGUAGUCCGUAAAUCCGGUUUAUGCGUGCCAGUUGACUGUUGAAGUUAGAAAAUACGACAGCCUGAAAGCGCAGGAAGUUGCUGUUCCAAAUUGAUCUUAACAUGAAAAUCCUGGAAAAGUCAUAUUAUUGCGUUUUCCUUUAUAAAUCAAUCACUUUUUUUUUUUAAAUCUACAUAUCAGCCCUGAUCAGAAUUAGGCCCUUCAGCAUGUGUGUACUGUGGAUCAUCUGUUAAAGGUUCAAUUAAAAUGUUUGUUUUUAAAUCUGUGUGCCAGUGCAGUUGACUGAGGAGAGAGAGAUGUUUCAGCGGCAGGUAGAAAUAUAACAUAAAAUAACUAAAUAGCCCAUUCAAAACAUAACUAGCCAUGCUACAGGCUAUCUCGCUAGUUAUAGCGGCGUUUUUUUUGUCCUUGUUGUUGUUGCUAAGCAUUAAUGUCAUUGAUUCCAAUGGUUCUGUUGAGAAAUACAUCUGACAGAAGGCUAUGUCACUCCAACAGACGUCUAAGAAUAGUCUAAUUUAAAAAUGGCUUCCAAGCUUUGCAUAGAUCUCCCCUGAAACAUGAAUAUUUUAGCCUUAUAAGGUCAUAGAUAACCAUGUCUUAGUUAGCUACCUUCCUUUGAGGUGACCGACUUCAUCCAUUUUUAUCCCUGAUUCAUUGAACGAGGAAAUAAUUAUGUAAAGACAUAAAAGUAUUUGGUUGUAAUAUUGUAACUUUUUAUAAUAUAAUAAUAAUAUAAUAUAAUAAUAUAUGCCAUUUAGCAGACGCUUUUAUCCAAAGCGACUUACAGUCAUGUGUGCAUACAUUCUACGUAUGGGUGAUCCCGGGAAUCGAACCCACUACCCUGACGUUACAAGCGCCAUGCUCUACCAACUGUAUUAGGUUGUGGCCAACCGUCGCCCAUGAGAGCUACUGGGAGUGCAGGCUUUUAUUCCAGCCCUGCUCUAAUACUCCACACUGUAGCUUAAACAUCAGCUGCUCAACAGGACCUUGCUGUAAGCAGACUCGGAUGUGUUUCAGGGCUGCCUGCAUGCCCUGGGGCGGCAGGGUAGCCUAGUGGUUAGAGUGUUGGACUAAUAACCCAAAGGUUGAAAGUUCAAACCCCCGAGCUGACAAGGUACAGGCAGUUAACCCACUGUUCCUAGGCCGUCAUUGAAAAUAAGAAUUUGUUCUUAACUGACUUGCCUAGUUAAAUAAAGGUAAAAUAAAUAAAUAAAUAAAUGCCUAGUAGCUCUCCAGAUGGAAGGUUGACCACACACAUGUUAUUCUACUUUAAUUGUAGGCUAUAUAGAGAUGCUUACCAAAAAGUUCAAGCGAAGUCAUGAAAAAGUCAUAAAAUUCCAUCUGUCAAAAUGUGCAUGAACCUUUAACAGUGAAUAACCAGGGGUUAUUAGCAUCAUUUCAGUUACGAAUUUUGGUGAACAUAUUCUCAUACAGCUCCUGCACCUCUUCCAUCCCAAGUCAAGCACUGUGUAGAGUAGUGUAGUGUUGGUCGUUAUGAGUAGUGUUGGUCGUUAUGGAAACAAUACGGUGCAGAGUGUUCCGUUUACCUGCCAGGCGGGGCAAGGUGACUCCCAGCUCCGCUAAAACCAUGGACAACUCCGUGCCGUUUAAGCGAUUCAAAGGGAUUCAAACCAGCUGGUUGUAAUAUCUCAUCACCUCUUAAAGACCGUAGUCCAGAACUAUAAAUGUGUCCUUGACCCCGAGCGGCUAAAUUGAACGUGUUGCAACGUAUUGUGACGCUUUACUGGUAACGGCCGAUUGUAUGGAUACUAGAAGUUUUUAUUUUAUUUUUCAAAAAUUAAAAAAUAUUUUCUUCUUUUAAAAAAAAAAAAAAAGUAUUUUAUAGUUUGGGCCAAGAUUUGGCCAUGAAUGGAGCAUUGAGAACCCCAAAAACAUUCAACAGAAAAGACAAACACAGAAGCACAACAACCAUCCCCUCUUGAACAUCAGUGUUACCUUGACAACUGCUAGUUACCCUCAGGAAUGGUUCUGCUUAGAGUUGCAAAAUUCUGAAAUCUUUCCCAGAAUUCCCCCUCCCGGGUUUUUUCUUUCUUCUUUUUUCCCCCCAGAAAUCCAGGUUGGAGGAUUUUGCAACCCAAGAUAAAAUAAGAGGAGAGAAAUUGGCUUUCCCUUAUUCAACCAAUAAUAAUAAUAAUAAUAAAAAACAACCUACUGUACUCCACAUCACACCAUACUGUUUAAUACAUAAACAGUAUACAUUAGACAGUCUUUGUUUUGAUGUUUUGUCGAUAUAUGAUUCUUAGCCCUCCCCUUGUGCAUACGGCUGGCUGUAUAUUGCAUCUGCUAAAUGUGGUAACUAGUAAAAGAUGUUGUUAGAUUUUGGGAUCCCUCAUACCCUCAGAUUUGUAUAUUAGCCAAUUGAUCUACUGAAGGAAGAAAAAAAAAUCGCUACACUUUUUAUUUUGUCAUUGCUAAUAUCUUUUCAGCACAAGGCAUGUAUAUACUGUGUAAGUGCAGAAUUCUUGGUAAUACACAUUUUGACAAGUUCUUUUUUUUUUCUUUCUUUUUCUUUGACCAUUUUCCAGAUCUCAUCUUUAAUUUAUUUGAUUUCAAAAUGAGGACACUGGUUUGUUGUAGUGUUGGUGGCAUGCUAUGCUGCAGAUCUGAAAGGUGAUGAUGCUAUGCUGCAGAUCUGAAAGGUGUUGUUGGAGAAAAGAGUGUCAGAGGUCAAUAGGUAAAGUUAGGAAAACACACCACACAUCGUUAGCUAGCUUUGUUAGCUAACUGUUUAGCUAGGUUCAUUAGCUAGCUCCAACACCACACGUCGUUAGCUAGCUCGUUAGCUUGUUUUGUUAGCUAACUGUUUAGCUAGGUUCAUUAGCUAGCUCCAACACCACACGUCGUUAGCUAGUUUUGUUAGCUAACUGUUUAGCUAGGUUCAUUAGCUAGCUCCAACACCACACUUUGUUAGCUAUCUUUGUUAGCUAGCUUCGUUAACUAGCUCCAACAGAAAUCGGGUUGAUCUUUCACAGUCACUACUAGCGAUUAUAUCAUGUUGUCAUUAUCACUUCUGGUAAUAAUAAAGCAUUUACACACGA